AUGUCCAUGCUGCCCACCUUCGGCUUCACGCAGGAGCAAGUGGCGUGCGUGUGCGAGGUGCUGCAGCAGGGCGGCAACAUCGAGCGGCUGGGUCGCUUCCUGUGGUCGCUGCCCGCCUGCGAGCACCUCCACAAGAAUGAAAGCGUGCUCAAGGCCAAGGCCGUGGUGGCCUUCCACCGGGGCAACUUCCGCGAGCUCUACAAAAUCCUGGAGAGCCACCAGUUCUCGCCUCACAACCACGCCAAGCUGCAGCAGCUGUGGCUCAAGGCGCACUACAUCGAGGCGGAGAAGCUGCGCGGCCGGCCCCUGGGCGCCGUGGGCAAGUACCGCGUGCGGCGCAAGUUCCCGCUGCCCCGCUCCAUCUGGGAUGGCGAGGAGACCAGCUACUGCUUCAAGGAGAAGAGCCGCAGCGUGCUGCGCGAGUGGUACGCGCACAACCCCUACCCGUCGCCGCGGGAGAAGCGCGAGCUGGCCGAGGCCACUGGCCUCACCACCACGCAGGUCAGCAACUGGUUCAAAAACCGGCGACAGCGCGACAGGGCGGCGGAGGCCAAGGAAAGGGAGAACAGCGAGAACUCCAAUUCCAGCAGCCACAACCCGCUGGCUUCCUCGCUCAAUGGCAGCGGCAAGUCAGUGCUAGGCAGUUCGGAGGACGAGAAGACGCCGUCGGGGACUCCAGACCACUCGUCGUCCAGUCCCGCUCUGUUGCUCAGCCCACCGCCGCCCCCUGGGCUGCCUUCCCUGCACAGCCUGGGCCACCCUCCCGGCCCGAGCGCAGUACCCGUACCAGUGCCCGGUGGAGGCGGCGCGGACCCAAUGCAGCAUCACCACAGCCUGCAGGACUCCAUACUCAACCCCAUGUCUGCCAACCUUGUGGACCUGGGCUCCUAG